CAGAGGGUAGAGAAGGGUCCCGUGGUGAGCGCUGCAGAGCCGUGUACCUUGUGUCAGGACUCAGGUUUCAUUCUGAGAGAGACUCAAGCGCGCAGCAGUGAGACAAACCCGUCAAAUGGCACGACCGAGGCACACAGACUCCCACUAGAGCCGGAGCUCACUCUAACAUUAUCUCCAUGCACUUGAAUGAGCAGCAUGCCUCAGUUGAGGUCGUUUUGAAGAUUGAUAUUUUCACGUGAAAAGCGUUUUAAUUGCCUGAGAGGAGAACUUUAAUUAAUUUAUUUGAGCAAGACCCCGUUCAGUCGUAGAUAAACAUCAUAUAGCCUACAUAAGUCUCACAGACAUGGAGGACAUGAAGUUGCGAGUAUCAGCUCAGUCCAGUCUGGAGAGGACCUGCGGUCAGCAUCCCUGCCAAAAGCGCCUUCUGACGAACUGGAAGGACGCGUGUGCAAUCUUCGUGUGUUUGAUCUCGUUUGGAGUUUGUGUGUUGCUCUACCUGAGGACUUCAGAUCUGCAGUCCAGGGUGCUCAGUUUGGAAAAGGACAGAGACCCCCGUGUCUCCAGUUGGAUCUCUCUGGAACAGGUGGAGCCUGUCCUGUGGAGUCGACUGGAUCAGAUAUUAGAGGAGAAAUUAGCAGCACGUCUGCCGAAGCUCCGGGCGGCUCGGGAUGCACCUCACAGCUGCAACUGUCCACCAGGUUUCGGCUUUCACUUCAUGGCUUUAAGGCUCUCCACACCCAGUCUACCAAAGUGUCCACUCAUCCUACUGCUGGCUGCGCUGUUGCAGUUUUUGACACGUUAUCUGCUUCUUGCUGCCGCCGCUUGGCGUGACUCUGUGGUGAUGUAUUUUUAG